UACUUCCUUUACGGAGAGCGAAGUAGUGAACAAACCGAGGGGGGGGGGGGGGAGAAAGACGUCGAUAACUUUUUAAAAAGUACCGUCAACAGGCUCAUUUUGAGUUCCGUUUCUGGCUAAAUAUCCGUCAAAAGAUGUGUCGCAUCCGAGCGAGCAGAGUGUGAGGAGCGAAGAGAAGCUGAAAAACGCAGAGCGAAGCUUGGAGGCCUCCGGAGAAAGUUUGGUGUCGGCCUGUAAACAACAUGUCCUCCUCCGCCUCGCAGGCCUCCUCCAGACGCCAGUGGUGUUACCUCUGCGAUCUGCCCAAGAUGCCCUGGGCCAUGCUGUGGGAGUUCAGCGAAGCCGUGUGCCGCGGGUGCGUUAACUACGACGGCGCGGACAGAAUCGAGCUCCUGAUCGAAACCGCCCGCCAGCUGAAGAGCACGCACGGGGUUUUAGACGGCAGGUCGCCCGGACCCCAGCAGGGCAAACCCGGCUCUUCUGGGGCCGUGGAAGCUGGGCGUCAAUAUGGGGACAGGAGCAGGGCAGAGUACUCCGUGUCUUCUCGGCUCCCCAACGGGCUGCACAGGGCUGAAGAUGUGAGUUUGUCGGAGGGAAGCCGCCAGAGUCCAAACACCCGUCGGACUCUGGCUGUGGCGAUUCCUACUCUGCACGGAACGAUCCCCCACCCGCAGAUCACUCAGGGGCUAGUAGCCGCUCCUCACGGGCUUUUAGCUCCUUUAUCAGGCUCCAGAGCUGGGACUACAUCCAUAGCUGUCUCAGGUGGUCCCAUAAUGGGUGAAGUCGGCAGAAGGCAGGCUGUGUCGCUGGGGGUCGGGGCCAGCACUUCCACCCUGGUGGGUUUAGAUAUGGGAGUGUGGAGGAACACUGAAGUGAUGGCUGAGCUGGCUGAGAGCGCUCGUAGCCGGGCUGAGGGGUGGCCAAGCCGACCGAAAGUGGUCCGGGAUGUGCUUAUUGCUCUAAGCAGCUACCCCUUCAAUGUGCGGUUCAGGAAAGACCAUAACCUAAUGGGUCGGGUUCUAGCCUUUGAUGUUGUCACAACUCCCGAGUUUGACCUCAAGGUCUUUGUAGAGUAUCCCAUCGGUUCUGGAAUGGUCUUCUCAGGAGUUCCAGACUUGGUCAGGCAGAUGUUCCGUGACUCAGCCAAAGAUGCAGGGAAGGCGGUAAACUCUGGGCUACGCUACGUGGAGUACGAGAAGCGGCAAGGCACAGGUGACUGGCGCGGGCUAUCUGAGUUGUUAAAUGAUGGAGUACGUCUCUUGAAGGAGCCUCCAAUCGCAGAGGUUCUGCCGCAACCCUAUCCUGAUGCAGGAUUGCCAAUGGCAACUGCCGGUCGCCCCAUACCUCAGAAGAGUACAACUCGGCGACGCAAAGCUUCCCCAGGCUCAGAGAAUGGCGAGGGUGAAGGGCGAGCUGAUCACCCAUCAAGAGAGCCCUGGCCUCGAGGAGCCUACUCGGGUAUGGAACCCCUGCCUGUCAUGGUUGCCCCCCAUGACGGGCCUCCCCGUUUACACAGCCAGCCUUCGCCCAUCUCAGCGCUGAUGGGAGUUGCAGACAGCCUGAGUUCCAGCCAGAUGGCCAGAGAGAGUCCCAGCAUGUCCACAAGCCACUCCUCUGCAGCGCCACACCCUACCAGUGGAAGUCCCUCCACUGCCUCCACCUCAGUCUCUCAGACUGCCAUGGGUCAGUGUUCUAGUGUUGCGGGGUCGAGCAGCAACGCCAGUGCUGGGGAGUGUGCUAGCAGCACUCAGGCCACCCUGCUCUGCUGCACCCUGUGCAGGGAACGCCUAGAGGACACUCACUUUGUCCAGUGUCCCUCUGUCCCACACCAUAAGUUCUGUUUCCCAUGUACCCAAGGGUUCAUCCGCAGCCAAGGUCAAGGAGGAGAGGUUUACUGCCCCAGUGGAGAGCGCUGCCCCCUUGCUGGGUCCAGUGUGCCUUGGGCCUUCAUGCAGGGAGAGAUCACAACCAUCCUGGCCGGUGAGGGAGACGUGACGGUGAAGAAGGAGAAUGACCAAUGACGUUUCCAUCCUGCUGUGGCAAAUGUGGAUCAAAGACUUUAAAAGCACUUCCCUGUUCUCUCCAGCAGAGGUCGACUUUGGCUGCAGUUCAUCACGUGCCUAUGAGAAGACACAAUCACCUUGAACUCCAGGCAGAUGACGACACAAACACCUUUUCUUAAACACAGCAGCGUGACAUUUGCGCUGGCGAGGAGUUGGUACAUCAAUGUUUAGUCAUCUGUCCGCUGCAGCAGAAGCCUUGUUUUAAAAGCACAUGUGAUUUCAGAAUGACAAUCUGUUUUUUCCCUCCCAAGUUGCAUUGCCCUAAAGAAACAUGACAGAAUUGUUCUUUAAAAACUAAUGAAUGUCCAAAUUGUGACAAAACGAUCCUGCUCCUUUGCAGCCAAGGUUUAAAAAAAAAGGAAAAACACCUGUCCUAUGUAUUCUCCAUAUAUUGUAUGUCAAAAUGUGAAUUUACUUUGAAUAUGGCUAUGUAAUUUCUAUUUUUGAUACAAUACAAAUUUCUAUGUAUUUGUUUAUAAUAAGACCAAAGAUGGCUUCGUGCUCAUUGUAAUUUUACUGUAUCAUAGCUGUGUACCCCGUAUUCACAAAUAACCUUGGCAUCACUAAUUUGUUCGUCUGUCACAGAGGUAAGCUUGUUUUUGUCUUAUUUACGUUUUGACUUAUGUAUGUGAGAUAAUUAGCAUCACGAUCUUGAAAUGGUUAAUGGACAUACUCAUGUGAUCCUACAAGGUUAACUCUAAAAAUAAAUGGCCGAACAGUU